UUGAGAUUUAGAUAGUAACAGGUUGCUGGCCCGUCGCCUAAAAGAAGAAUCCCAGUUAAUAUAGAUUGUUUAAAUCCAAGAAGUGUUAAUGUUGCACUGGAAACAGUACUAGAAUUUGAUGGAAAGCACAAUUAUCGUGAUAUGAAAGCCAUUGACAAACUACAAGACUACCUUAAUACAAUCAAAUCUAUUUUAGGUGAAAAUGAUAACAGCAGGCGUCACCUCAAAGGAGGGUUUAAAUUCAGAGACUUCCUCAAAAUGACUUUACAAACUAUUUCUUCCUAUGAAGAUAAUGACUUGUUAGAUGUAGUAGCUAUAGUCAAUAAUGAAAUAAGGAAGUAUCAUUACAAAGGUUGUAAAUUUUAUGAGCUCGUCCAGAAUCAUAACUUGAGGAAGGACAUGGCAAAAAAAUUGCUUACAUUAAACGAAUUAACGGCUAAAGACCUCAGGUUUGCAAUAAAAAAAGCUAUUAGUGCAGUCGACAAAAAUGUAAUGAGAGAAAAGCGACAGAAGAUAUUAGACUAUCUGGAUUCUGUUUAUGUUGGUAAUGAAAUUAUAGGGAAAAUGCGACAAGUUCUGUCAGAACUAGAACAGUUUAAAAAGAGAAGUAAGAGAGCUAGUUUAGACUUGGUAAAAAUUGUGAAGUAUGGUUUGAGAUCAGUUAUAUUUGAUCAUUAUUCGAAUCUCAACGACAAUGCUAGAAAAGAGUUAAAGAGUAAACUGGAGAAUAUUUGGCAUGAUCAUAAAAUAGGCGACCAUAAUAUAUGGAACCCUACGACUACAACUGUAAAAUCAAAUGUAGCUUCAAAGAAGAAGAUUAAUAAAGAUAUUUAUAAAGUAAUUUUAACAUCAUCGGAUAAUGAAAUUAAACGGUCAAAAAAAUCAUUUUCAAGAAAUAAUCCGGUCAAGAAAAGGAAAGGUAGAAAUUUAAAGAGAAAUGAAAUACCUUUACACUUGGAAUCAUUUUACAUGUCAGAUGUAAAAAAAUAUGUUAAUCCUAAAAGACAUGAAUCAACAACAGCGGUUAAAAAUAGGCACCAUAAAAAAUAUAGCAAAAAAAAGAUUCGGCAGAACGCACAUAGAAUGAGGCCUAAAGGAAAACGGCGCAAACCUAAAACUACAACUCCGAUGUCAGAUGGGCGGAAAGACGAUUUGAGUACGUUUAGCACUGUGAAGGAUUCCAUAGAAGUACACAGAAAACGACAUUCAAAGAAAGGCAAACGUAAAAAAAGAAUACGUUCUCGUAAAGAUAUGUACGAAUCAGAUUCUUAUGAAAAAUCGGGAUUAGAGAUCGAUGAAACACAACACGAAAGCUUCAGAUCACAUAAAACUAAGCUCACCUCGUCACGAAGAAAUAAUAAUAUUAACGAUAAUAGUGAUGAUACUAAAGAAAUCGCCAUUGCAUUUGAAUCUUCUACUAUUCCAAAUGUGUUAAACAAGAUUGAUGGAAUAGAAAAAGUUUUAAACGAAAUCAAAUUCAUAGUUCGAAAUGGAUCUAGUGAAACAAGGAAAAGCUUUAAUUUCAAGAAAAAUACAACUGAAAUCUGUUCAGCGCUUAAUAAGACUAGUGAAAACCUGUUUUCUCAAAAUAUUAAAAAUGUUGACGGAAGAGAUGACCUGAAUACACAUUUACAAAAUAAAAAAUCUCUUGAUAGCAGAGAAAAUAUUAUAGCAUAUAAAGAGAAAAAUCAUCUCAAAACCAAGAAAGCCAUAAAAGUACCUAAAAAGGCAAAAAUAAGUACAAUUACUUCUUCAUCGAUUAGUACUACAAAAAUUACCUCAGAAAUCACGGCUACGGCUAAUAUUCAGAAUCCUAGUUAUGAUGGUAAAAUUAAAAGGAAGUCAUUAAGUGAUGAAGAUGAGACUAGAAUAUUAAAUGAACGGAUUACAGGAAUAAUCAGAGAUACAACCAAGGCUAUUAAUACUACACAUCAAGAGAAAUCAACGACCAAUCUGGACAUACAAGUAAAGACAAAACCCAAUGCAAGUGUGACUUCGGAAUUAAAUGUUAAAGACUUGAUGGCGGCACAUAUCAACAGUGAUAUUAGCGGAAAUAUGAAAAGUAAACAGAGGAUUGUGAGAGAAAAUAAAGAUGAGAUUUUUAAGGAUAUAAAUAAUAUAAAAGAUAUGUUGAAUGAAACCAGAAGGGCUGGAUUAGACAGUGUUAUUGAUAUAAAUGCUGAAGAAAACAAGAAAAUGAAUGAAGAUAUUGAUAAAAGAAUCGAUGGGCAUAUGAAAAGGUUGUUUUCUUUGACGGGGAAAGAGGGUGAUGGUCAUAAUAGUUCCACAAAGCCGUUUGAUUAUAAUUUCGAUGAUCUUUUAAGAAAUUCAAAAGGAAAAAUGCACGAAGACGACUUGUCAAUGCAUGACAUUUAUUAAAUAAUUGGU